AUGAUGACGGCCAAGCAAUCUGAGUUACCAGAGCAAGAGCAGCAGCUAAAGUGCCCUCGCUGUGACUCACUCAACACCAAAUUAUGUUACUUUGACAAUUACAAUCAGUCACAGCCUAGUCACUUUUGCAAAAGCUGCCGUUGUUACUGGACUAAAGGCGGCGCCCUCCGUAAAACCCCCUCCGCGGCCGAUCACGCAAGAACAUCAAACGAUCCAUAUUUCUUCUCCGUCGUGCAGCCUCUUGAGUAA